CUCCAGGUGAGCUCAUCCAAAGGAAGGAUCUGUUUGGACCUUCGAGGGACAGUGGAAUAUGUCCUUGGGAAAUGUCUCUGGCAAAAUAAUACAUCAAUUUGUCAUCGGUGGUUUUGACACACUUGACAGACCUCUGACAGUGGGGAUUGUAAUUCUGUGUAUCUAUCUCCUAGUCAUGCUUUCUAAUUUGGCAAAUAUAUGUUUUAUCCUUCAUGAUAAGCGUUUGCACAAGCCAAUGUAUCUUCUGAUUUGCAACCUUGCUGUAGUUGAUAUGCUGUACAGCUCCAGUGCCUGUCCAACUAUGAUUGGUGUGCUGGUAGCUGGUGAUAAAGCCAUAGCUUAUGUGUCAUGUUUCAUUCAGAUGUUUGUUUUCCACCUGGGUGGCGUAAUGGAGAUGUUUGCUAUCUCUGUCAUGGCUUUUGAUCGUUUGAUUGCAAUCUCUAAUCCCCUGAGGUAUCAAAGUAUCCUCACCAAUGUUCGUACUCUGGUUCUGACCGGUGCUCUGUGGUUGGUUGCCUGUGCUUUUGUGGCUGUUAUGCCUGCCACUGUGUUAUCUCUCCCUUACUGCCACUCAACCCUCAAAUACACCUUCUGUGAUUAUGCUGCGUUAGUGAGAGCCACUUGUGUCAAUCCUAGCUACUAUUUUAAUAUGAUAACCAUUAUCACCUUCUUUCUCCUGUUUGGCACUUUCUGUUCUAUUUGCCUGUCCUACAUAUGGAUCAUAUUUGCUAUGGUUAAAAUGUCCUCCAAGAACGACAAGAAGAAGAUGUACAGUACUUGCUUCAGUCACUUGAUAGUGGUAGUGUGUUAUUACGUUCCUUUAUUUGUACGUAUAGUCUUGACCAGGCUAGGUGUGGUGCUGACCUUGGAAGAGCGUCAUGGCUUGAUGAUCGGGGCUAUUCUCGGGCCCUCUCUUGUAAAUCCUUUUGUAUACUGUUUUAGAACCAAGGAGAUCAAAAGCAAAAUGUUGAAGAUGUUUAACAAAGUUGCGCCCACUGAAUAAAAUAAAAAAACGUUUUAAUGAA